AUGUGCAAUAGGCACGCAAUACGUGCUAAGGUAAACAAGGCAAGUAAACAAGCGAAGCGAGUGUUUGCCAUGCGAACGUCUUGUACAAGGUAAGAGGCAUGUGGGAAAGAAAGCUCUGCUAGCACACGGCACUUUAUCGCACUUUUACGAUCUCAAAAGUUAAUCUGAAUCUUCAGUAUUUUUGCCUCAUCGAAAUUUCGAAGUCUGAAGUCCAGGGAUGAAAUCUAUCAAAAAUAUUUGGAAUGUUAACGUCGGGUUUUGGUCACAUUAAGAUCACAAGCAACGAACCUUGAAGCACAGAAACUCACAAAACGGAUCGAAAUCCACCAAUCACAAAUCACAAACAAUGACCUUUUGAACCCGUUGAAGAAAACUUUCGUUUCCUAAGAGGUCCGCUAAGAUGAUUGGCGUCUGACAUUUUUUUGACGAGAGGAUCGAAAUGCACCAAUCAUAGAAAGACAGUCUUAAUUGCAUGUUUCCUAAGAGGUCAUCUGAGUUUGNGGGCGUGGCCCAAAUAGAGUAAUGGAAACGGCUUGUUUUGACGCAAAUGUGCAAUAGGCACGCAAUACGUGCUAAGGUAAACAAGGCAAGUAAACAAGCGAAGCGAGUGUUUGCCAUGCGAACGUCUUGUACAAGGUAAGAGGCAUGUGGGAAAGAAAGCUCUGCUAGCACACGGCACUUUAUCGCACUUUUACGAUCUCAAAAGUUAAUCUGAAUCUUCAGUAUUUUUGCCUCAUCGAAAUUUCGAAGUCUGAAGUCCAGGGAUGAAAUCUAUCAAAAAUAUUUGGAAUGUUAACGUCGGGUUUUGGUCACAUUAAGAUCACAAGCAACGAACCUUGAAGCACAGAAACUCACAAAACGGAUCGAAAUCCACCAAUCACAAAUCACAAACAAUGACCUUUUGAACCCGUUGAAGAAAACUUUCGUUUCCUAAGAGGUCCGCUAAGAUGAUUGGCGUCUGACAUUUUUUUGACGAGAGGAUCGAAAUGCACCAAUCAUAGAAAGACAGUCUUAAUUGCAUGUUUCCUAAGAGGUCAUCUGAGUUUGCUGUUUUAUGUCCAUUUUCUUUUCCUUAUUUUGCGAUUGGCCGAUUUUGUUAGGUCGAGUGGAUAAUCCAAUGAGGGACGAUUUGGAUAUCGCUUGAUCCGAAAUUUUACGAAACAGCAGUAAGAAGGAGUUUGGAUAACAUUUGGCCGCGGCGUUUCAUGUUAUCCCGGGUUAAACUUACAAAUGCACACACUGUUCGCGGUAGGCCCACACUAAAAAAUAACACUGAGUGUUUUCGGAAUGGGCUGGUCCGCAAACUCAAAGAAAAACAAAGGAAAUUAUCAAGACAUUCAAUGACAUCAAAGACUCAGGGACCCCAUAGACGUAAUAACAAAUCGGAAUAUCAGGAGUGUACGGGUAACAUGGAUAAGAGUUUGAGCAGAGGAAUGUUUAACAAGUUUGAGAGUCGCAAGAUUUGUGUAGCUGGUUAUCAGUGUGACAAUAGUGACUUUGAUUUUUGCAUUGCGGAACACAACGAGUUGCCUGUGAUAAAAAUCUGUUCCGAUGAAGGAAGAGACGAUUGUCAACAAUUGAAACCAAAAGGGACUGAGACUUCUUUUGGAACUACUGUGAUAACUGCAACAAUUCUUUUUAUUAUUUCAAUUUUGUUUAGCAGGGUGAUGGUUAAUGUACUUGUUUUUGUAUUGCGUGUUGUGCUUUUUCAUCUAAUUGUGUAUAUUGUGACGCGCGUAUAUGUACGAUGCUGUGCGUCGGGAUUUUGCAUUAUCAGCAAGUUUUGUGUUAGAGUGUUUUGAUGGCAGCGAGGUGACGAUAAGAGAAGGUAAUGAGCUAGUUGCACAGGAGGAAAAUUGUGUUGUGGAGGAAAUAAAAGAGGUUGAAUUGAGAUCUCUUCGUGGGAAAUUUAUUUAUAACAGAAUUUACAAUUCCAUUGAUUUAAAUCAGGUUAGUCAAUUAUAUUUUCGGCAAGACAAAUUACCAUAAUAUGGAGAUUGUAAUUCGAAACUCGCGGUGUUUUCAAAAUUUGCAUAAAUCGGGCGCUUCAAAGAAAUAUUUAGGUUACAAGCGCUUCGAAAUACUGCACCUUCAAAACGGCAUAGCUUUUACUUGUUGUGCUAUAUCUUUCAAAACCAUCGAUCGAUUCUUGCUCAAAAGCUCUCAAAGCGGCGGUUUAAAUGUAAAAGCCCGUGGCUGUUUGAAAUCGUCUCUUGUUUGUUUUCAAGAGAUUUAGGAUGGAUCGAAUCGACUUUGGAUCGACUAUUAUUUUAUCAGCUUGUGGUAUGAACGAAGCGUUUUUCUUCUCGAUAAAGUUCACUCAACAAAUUUAGAAAGAUUUACUUGACUUUUCAUAUGUGGAACGAACUGACUAUUUUAUGGAACGAUCUGACCAUGGAACGGAAUGACCGGUUACCGUCAUGCACUUAGCAGAAUACCGAUGAACAAAUUAAAAUCUUUGUUACAGAAAACACGGAAAGUGACACUUUUUGUAUGGAAGAGUAUUCGGAAACAUACACCAUUGUCGUCUGAAAUUCAUUGUUACGUUAAAAAUAGAAAAGGUUUUCACUUAAACAGGUACAGAAGUAACUGUAACAGUGUGAGGUUUUUACUUAAGGGGCAACGCCAAAACUAGUUCGUAAACGAGGGAAGGUGUAUCUGUCGUCUAAGCAUCAAAGCACGGGCGAUUUAGGUGGCCCUCUAUACAUGCAAUUAUCCAUUUUAUAGUGCUUACAACAGUUUGAAUCACCGGGUUAAUUUUGGCCAAUUUAAGCUUUGUACUGAUACAUGUAUAGAGAAGAAUCCAGGACCUUCAGUUUAUGUAGAUGCUACAAAAACAAUUAAUGCUCCAUACUGUCAAGGAAAUGUUACAGUAUUUGGGGAAAAUGCUGGACAACAAUGUGUCGCAAUGAGUCUGUGCGCUUUAAUUUACAAUAAGAUAACAAAGAUCACUUCAGUUGAUGAUAUGACUCAAAUAAUGAUUGUAGGUAUUCAAUUAUAUUUUAGUCUGUCACUGCUUGCAAGACAAUCUAUGUUAAUGAUAUCAGAACUGCCAGGAAUGGUUACAGUGUUUGAGAAAUUUUUCCACCUUGAAUACAGUGACAGUUAUACUUGUAACAUCCAUCACUACUGUAUAUGCCACUCACAGGGUACUGCAUUUGAAACACUCUUGGCACUGAACUACAACUCAUUCAUUUUAACGGUGGCAAUUAUUGGUGUUUGUAACUACAGCAUUGAGACUGGGAGAUAUAAUGUAUUUGAUUCUCAUGCUAGAGAUAUGUAUCAUAACAGUCAUAGUGAAGGGACAUGUGUAUUGUUG